AGUAACUGCGUGCUUUUGGAGAUAAAGCACGCAGUGACUUCUGGCGUUGUGUGUGUGUGUUUGGCUGCUUGGGAGCACAGCUUCAUUUUAGAGGUCUCUGACUGCGUUCAGUUAAAUUCGUUUUUGCUUGCGAUACGGACAUAAAUAAGGAUGGAGGCAAGAGCAGACAAAGAAACACAAAAUGAAACAAAGGCUACUGAUGCUGUGUCAUCCACCUCUGCCAUUGCUGGAGAACAGCUCACCAGGUCUGGUGAAAGAAAGACACAAAACCCUCAAUAUCAGUCUUCUAAUGAUACAGCAAAGGAAAAGGUUUUAAAACCAACCUUGCAACUGGGUUGUACCACACUCACGGUAAAAAGUGGUGAAGAAUUGAAAGUAGACAUACCAGUGCUGGGGAAUCCAGCCCCAAAAUUAGAAUGGAAAAAAGAUGGACAGACUGUCAAAGAGACAUCCAGGCUGGAGAUCUCAACUACAUCAUCAAUGACAGUUCUUCAUAUCAGACAUGCUACCAGAGAGCACGUUGGUCAAUACUCCAUCACAGCAAGUAACAAUGCUGGAAACUAUACAGGAAAAAUCACAGUGGUGGUUCUUGAAAAGCCUGACCCACCCAUAGGGUCUGUGAAGAUUGAUGAGGUCAGUUCUGACUAUGUAUGCAUUUCUUGGGAGCCACCCACAUACACAGGAGGCUGUCAGCUUGACAACUACGUCGUGGAGAAGCGUGAACUUACUAACAUGGAGUGGGAAAUUGUAUCAGCAACGACAGUGCGAACAGCAAUGAAAGUCACUAAAUUAAAGACCGGCAAUGAAUAUCAAUUCAGAGUGUUUGCAGAAAAUAGGUAUGGAAAGAGUGGAGCAAUCACAUCUUCGGUUGUACUUGCACAGUACCCAUUUAGUGUCCCCAUGGCGUCUGGUACACCUUUUGUUUCCGCAGUAACAAAGUACAGCAUGUUAGUUGAAUGGGCACCCCCAGGCCGAGAUGGAGGAAGUCCUGUCAUUGGCUAUCACUUGGAACGAAAGGAAAAGAACAGCAUCUUAUGGACCAAGCUGAACAAAUUUGUCAUACCUGACACCCGAUUCAAAACGACGGGGCUGGAGGAAGGCAUCGAGUAUGAAUUCAGAGUCUUUGCUGAGAAUAUUGCUGGACUCAGUCUGUCAAGCAACGUAUCUGACUGCUAUGUGGCGAGAGAUCCUUGUGAUCCACCUGGUAAACCUGAAGCUGUUGUUAUCACCAAAGAUAACGUCACACUGCAGUGGGCAAAACCUGGCUAUGAUGGUGGAAGCUCUAUUACAGGGUAUAUUGUGGAGAAGAAAGAGCUUCCAGAUGGCCGGUGGAUGAAGGCAAACUUCACCAAUGUUAUUGAAAAUCAGUUCACAGUUACAGGUUUGACAGGAGGUCAAAGUUAUGAGUUCAGAGUGACUGCAAAGAAUGGUGCAGGUGUUUGGAGCAAACCCUCUGAAAGUUUAAUCAUCUUUGCGGAAGAUGUAAUUGAAAGACCCUCUGUGUUCAUGGCCCCCAAGUACAAGAGUACAAUUGUUGUUAAGGCUGGCGAAACAUUUACAAUUGAAGCUGAUUAUUUUGGAAAACCCCUACCUGAUGUAAGGUGGUUGAAGGAUGGUGAGGAAAUCAACAAAGCUACACAAAGAACAGAUGUAAAAAACACUCUCACUCAUACAACACUAACCAUUAGGGACUGUACACGGGUGGAUGGUGGACGCUUCAUCCUGAGUCUCACUAACAUCGAUGGAACAACGUCAAUGCCGGUAAAUGUGAAGGUACUGGAUACACCCAGUUCCCCAGGUGGACCUUUGAGGGUAAAAGUUGUCACUGCUGAAAAAUGUAAUCUUCAUUGGAACCCCCCGUCAAAUGAUGGCGGUGCCAGUAUUUCACAUUACAUUGUUGAAAAAAGGGAGACCCACCGUGUCACAUGGACGUCGGUUGAUCCCCAUGUGGAAGCUAUCAGUUACAAAGCAACAAAGUUGACCCCUGGGAGAGAAUACAUAUUCCGUGUUUGUGCUGUAAACAAAUUUGGUGUAGGGGAAUUUCUGGAAUCAGAACCUAUCAUUGCACAAAAUCCAUUUAAAACACCAAGUGCUCCUUCUACCCCUAUCGCCAUUGCUGUGACUGUAGACUCUGUCAUGGUGGCAUGGGAAAGACCCGAGACGGACGGAGGUUCUGAGAUUGAUGGCUACAUCCUGGAAAGACUUGAUAAAGAGGGUGUUAGAUGGACAAAAUGCAACAAGAGAAGACUGAAUGACUUGCGUUUCAGAUGUACAGGACUUACAGAAGGACAUUAUUAUCAGUUUAGAGUAUCAGCAGAGAAUACUGCCGGCGUUGGUGCACCCAGUGAGGCAAGUGAUUAUAUUAAAGUGUGUGAGCCAUCAUACCCUCCAGGUGCCCCUACCAACCUCAAGGUAACAGACUACUCAUCCAGUACGGUUUCGCUAUCCUGGUCCAAGUCUGUAUAUGAUGGCGGAGCUCCCAUUACUGGAUUUGUUGUGGAGAUGAAAGAAGCAGCAGAUGAUGAGUGGAUCACAUGCACACCAAACACAGAAGAUACAAAAGACACAAUAAAAGGUCUGAGACAAAAUGGAGAGUAUAACUUCCGUGUACGUGCAACGAAUGGCAAUGGUGUUAGUGAGCCUGUGGUAUUACCAGGGUCUGUGGUUGCAGCUGAGAAACUAGAACAACCUGAAGUUGAGUUGGACACAGCUUUGAGAAAGCUGGUUAGUGUUCGAGCCUGUUCAACACUACGUCUCUAUGUCCCCAUCAGAGGAAGGCCAGAACCUGCGGUCAAAUGGUCAAAGGAAGGUGGUCCUCUCAGUGAGCACGUCCAAAUAGAAGUGACGGGCUCCUAUACACUGUUGAUGAUAGAAAAUGUAAAUAGAAGUGACACUGGGAAGUAUGUAUUGACUGUUACUAACUGCAAGGGCUCUAAAUCAGCAUUUAUCAAUGUUCAAGUGUUGGAUACCCCCAGUGCACCAACAAACCUGCAAGUGAAAGAUGUACAAAGAGAUUCUGUGCACAUCUCUUGGGAGGCUCCUCUCAUUGAUGGAGGAGCAGAGAUCUCCCAUUAUGCCGUGGAAAAGAGAGAGGAGGCUCGGAAGGUAUUCACAAGUGUCUGUAGUAAGUGUACAAGGAACUCGUGUAAAAUUGACAACGUUCAGGAGGGAUGUUUUUAUUACUUCCGUGUCUUGGCUGUAAACGAAUAUGGAAGUGGACCACCAGCUGAAACAAAUGAGCCUGUUAAAGUCUCUGAAGCACCUCUUCCACCUGGGAAAAUUAUACAGAGUGAUAUCACCAGUGACAGUGUACGACUUUCGUGGGAAAAGCCACAUCACGAUGGAGGAAGCAAAAUCUCAUGUUACAUUGUAGAAAUGCAAGCAGCGGGGCAUGACACAUGGAGAACAUGUUUUCAGGGUAAAACACUGGAAACUGUAAUUACUGGACUGACAAAAGGAAUGGACUAUUUAUUCAGAGUCAGCGCUGUGAAUGAAAAGGGGAAGAGUGAACCAAAGCUCCUCUCGACACCUGUUACUGUUAAAGACACAAGUUUUCAACCUGUUAUUAAUUUGCUGUUCACCACAUUCAGCGUGAAGGCUGGGAAUGAUUUAAGGAUCGAUGUGCCAUUUAAGGGUGUACCACAUCCAAGAGUAACCUGGAAAAAAGAUGGCAACAUGCUGAAAGAGACCUGCAGGGUAAAUGUGUCUACAUCGGAUAUGUCAUCCCAAAUUUUGAUCAAAGAUGCAACUAAGAUAGAUGUUGGCUUGUAUGAGGUAACUGUAACUAAUUCCGCUGGAACUGCGUCUGCUGAAAUCCAUGUUAAUGUUUUCGAAAAACCUGGGCCACCAUGUGACCUAACUGUAGAAGAAGUGAGCGCUGACUUUGUGUCUCUGACAUGGCAGCACCCGCAAUAUACUGGGGGAUGUCAAAUCUCUAAUUAUGUUGUUGAAAAGAGAGAUGCAGGCAGCACAAUAUGGCAGACUGUGUCAGCCACUGUGGCCAGAAAUUCCAUAAAAAUAUCCCGCCUGACACAGGGAACUGAAUAUCACUUUCGUGUUGCUACAGAGAAUCGUUAUGGCAGGAGUUCCUUUGUCGAGUCUGAACCUAUAAUAGCCCAGUAUCCUUUCAAGGCCCCCGGCCCACCAAUCAAUAUCUCCGUUGUGAGUGCCUCAAAGUCCAUCAUGGUUGUUACAUGGAGCCCAGCAAGCAGUGAUGGUGGCAGCCCUGUUAUUGGCUAUCACAUUGAAUGCAAAGAUCAAAGUAGUAUUCUGUGGACAAAGUUGAACAAAGGUCCGGUGACAGAAAAUAGAUUCAAAGUUACAAGCAUUGAAGAAGGCCUCAUAUAUGAGUUUCGGGUGUAUGCUGAGAAUAUCGCUGGAGUAAGUCCCUGCAGUAAAGCCUCAGAGCCUGUUGCAGCAAGAGACCAGUGUGAACCCCCACGCAACCUCACAGUGACCAAUAUAACCAACUCUUCAGUUUCCCUCUCAUGGGAGGAACCACAAUACGACGGUGGGGCUAAAAUAACUAGUUUUAUUGUAGAACGCAAAGACCUUCCUGAUAGUUGUUGGCUUAAGUGUAACUUCACCAGCUUACGUGAUACAUUUUUUGAGGUGACUGGUCUCACAGAGGGUGAACAGUAUGACUUCAGGGUCCUAGCAAAGAAUGCAGCUGAGCUCCUCAGUGCACCCUCUGAGGCCACAGGACCGGUCACUGUACAGGAUGAUGUGGAACCACCUAGAAUUAUCAUCGGGGACAAAUUUAGACAAGUUUUGGUUGUCAAAGUGGGUGACCCUCUAAGAAUAGACGCGGAUAUCUCUGGCCACCCAAACCCUACCGUGUUGUGGUUUAAGAACGGUAGAACUAUUAGCACAAAGGGUAGGAUUGAGAUUACAGCAACAAAAACACAUACAUCUCUACUUAUCCGUGAAAGCAUUCGGAAAGACUCUGGACAAUAUAUUCUGACCCUACAGAGUACUGUGGGUACUACAUCUAUUGCCAUUACAUGUAGAGUCUUAGAUAGGCCUGGGCCUCCAGCUGGACCCCUGCAAAUAUCUGGACUUUCAGCAGAGAAAGUUACCUUAUCGUGGGGACCCCCUCACGAAACCGGUGGCGCAGAGAUCAUGCAUUACAUUGUAGAGAAGUGUGAAACCAGCCGUGUAGCAUGGACUAUUAUUUAUGGUGACUUGAUGGCAACUACCUGCAAAAUAACAAAGCUGCUCAAAGGAAAUGAAUACCUCUUUCGAGUGAAGGCAGUGAACAAAUAUGGUGAGGGGGAGAGUCUAGAAAGCGAUCCCAUCAAGGCAGUCGACCCCUACACCAUCCCAUCUGCUCCAAUGGAUGUUGAAGUCACAAGUACGACAAGGGAAACUAUGACUAUCUGCUGGAAGAGACCAGUAUCUGAUGGGGGAAGCCGAAUUAGCGGGUACAUCACUGAGAAGCGCGAAAAGCAGGGCAUUCGUUGGAUACGUGUUAAUAAGAAGCCUGUCUAUGACCUACGCGUCAAGGCCUCUGGCUUACAUGAAGGAUGUGAAUAUGAAUUUCGUGUUUUUGCAGAGAAUGCUGCAGGGAUAAGUGAACCCAGUCUACCAUGCCCUCUCACCAUGGCAGAAGAUCCAAAGUUUCUGCCUUCCCCUCCCGAAAAGCCUGCAGUUCUCGAUUCUUCAAAGUCCUCAAUCACUCUGUCAUGGAACAAGCCACUUUUUGAUGGCGGAGCGCCAGUCACUGGCUAUAAAGUUGAAUUUAGAAAAAAUGCAGAAGACGUCUGGGCUGUUGGAACGGAAAACACAGAUAAGACCGUGUUUAAAGUAGCUGGGCUCACCUCGGGGACAGAAUAUGUAUUUGUUGUUAGAUCAAUAAAUAAGGUAGGCAUCAGUGAGGCGAGUCCUGAAACUGAUCCAUAUGUAGCUGUUGACAGAGAAGAGGAACCCAGGUUUGACAUUAGCCCAGAUAUGAGGAAGACCCUUCAUGUUAAAGAAGGAAGCACUUUCACCCUCACCGUACCUUUUACUGGCAAACCUGCUCCCAGCGUGAUGUGGGAAAAAGUGAAUGUGGAUCUAAGGAUCAGAGGACUGAUCAACACCACCAGCUUGGCCACUUCCAUUACUGUGGAAAAGGUAACUCGCGAUGAUACAGGCAAAUACAUUGUCAAACUUCAAAAUAGUGUCGGGAAUGCCUCUUUGACUCUAAGUGUAAAAGUUUUGGAUUCCCCUGGUCCGCCAACACAUUUAGCUGUUAAAGAUGUUACCAAGAACUCUGCCACAAUUACUUGGGACAUGCCCGAGAAUGAGGGAGGAGCCUCUGUUAAAAACUACCUUGUUGACAUGCUGGACAUCAGCAAAAAAGGAUGGACAAGACUCACAAACAGAUGCCACAGAUUGUCCUACAAGGUGACUGACCUGGAGGAGGGGGGCAUCUACUACUUUAGAGUCACUGCUGAAAAUGAGUUUGGCAUUGGUGUUCCGGCAGAGAUGCGGGAAGGAACAAGAAUGACAGAUUCAACAGAUUGGGAAACAAAUCCAGGCGCUUAGUUUGUUACAUCUCCGGAGUUGAGCUGACCUCUUGUGGAGAAGAUUGCUGAGCUAUUCAAAAUGUGCUCAAACUCAGAACAUAAAAGUUAUUUAAAUUCACAUUAUGCCGUGGCUGUAGUCAUGCAAACAUAUUUUUUAUAGCAUUCUUUUAAGUUUAAUGAAAAAAAUAAAAUGAAAGAUGGCCAUUAAUUUAGUUUGGAUAUGAAAUUGCAAAUAUUAUUAGUUACUUAUUGAUGAACUACAGUGCAUCAAGCAAUUAUUCAGCCAACACCCAGUGAGUUGUUCCCAGACCUGCUGGGGGAUGACCAGAUCCCAACCAAAUGCCCAAACCACCUCCUGAGGCUCUUGUCUUUGCGAGGCUUUACAUUGAGCCCCUCCUGGAAGUAAUACUCUCAGUUGCACAAAUGUAGAAGCUGCUGUUGGAUGAUUAUUGUACAUCGGUGUACACAAGGUGUGUCCAUAGAUUUGUAAUAUUGUAGGUUGUCUUGUAAGAUGAUGACUGUAUAUUAACGCACUUGUGUUGACCCUUUUUCUCUGACAUUGUUCUAUGUAUGGGUAGGAUGAAUGCAAAUAAACAGCACGAAGGC